GACACAUGUUCAGAAGUGCUUGCUUCGCUGCAAAGAGGUGUAACGCCUUUCAAGUAUUGUGCGGGCUGUAGAAUAUGGCGGCACCUGCUGGAGGCAACGGCGGAGCUGGCGAUACCGGUAUUGCUGGAGCCAACUUCCCUUAUGCUGUCCUACCAUCCAUCCUCAAAGACCUGGACGUUUUUGAGCUCUCUAGAGUGCGUCUUGUCAACAAGGGGUUCUAUGAGGCUGCCUCCAGCCAGGCUCUGUGGGCCAACUUUCCUUUGCGCUUCACUAGGAAACUGCCAGGGGGAGGGGUUGACAGAAGUGUAGUGAAGCGGCUGACGGAUGCGCAGUUCUUGGAGCUUGAUCAGCGAGCAGGGAGUGGGAGAAGAACUAGAACGAGGGUCAUUGACCUGGCAGGGUGCUGCAAGCUCACGAACGCCAGCCUCGAGGCUAUUCUGGAAAGAAUAGACAAGCACGCCUCACCCCCCUCAAAGAUUGACAUCUCCCGCUGUAGAGUGACGUCAGCUGAGUUUGUUCACCUUCUCACUCGCUUGGACCAGAAGUUGGAGGCCCCCUGGGACAAGUCUAGAACAAAUCUGAGCUUUAACAACAUCAAAGCCAUCUACGCAGAAAACCUCACUUACUUGUCACAGUUCGAUCUGACCCGCGCGGGGGGUCAGGUUGCGGUCUACAGUCACCUGUGUGCUACCUGUGGGGCAAAGGCAGAUGACUUGGGCCUGUGCGGACGGUGCAGAAGGAUCGAGCUGUGCAGAGAGUGCAAGGGAGUCCUCUGCAAGCGUUGCAAGGUGAAUGCUCUGUGUCCCCAAGUCUGCAGCCGCACAGGCGACCACCUGGAGAGGACGCACUGCCGGCCGUGCGCAAGAGCCUUCCGGCGGCAGUUCCUGUGCUCCAUGUGCUUUGGAGCGCUGGGGGUGGUGAUGAUAGCGAUCUUCCUUGCAAUCAUGGUACGGGUGCCGUCGUAA